AUGAAGCCUUGGAGGAACUCAACAAAGCACUUUGAACUUGCGAUACGUUUGGAGAAACUGGGAGAAAAACAUGUUGAUACGGCAAAUGUGUACAUGAGCAAACGCCAACUUCUACCAAAUGAUCAUUCUGACGUGACUGUAUUGUAUCACCAUCUAUCGUACUCAUUGGAAAGGCAAGGCAAGUUUUCAGAGGCAACCAAGAUGCACAAACUCCAACUUGCGCCAUUACUAGAAAUGCAUGGGGAAGAUCACCCCGAGGUUGUAAGGGUGUAUACUGGAAUUGCCGAGCUGCUGAGACUCCAAAAUAGGUUGGCCGAUUCUCUUCAGAUGCUUGAUAGAGCCAUGGAAAUUUGCAAUCGAUUUGAACGGUUGGGAAACCUCGACAGAGAUAUAUUGCUAGUCACGCUGGGCCAUAGAUCACUUACACUAAAGGGCCUGGGCAACCUCGAGGCUGCCACGGAGGCGCUCAAUAAAAGUGCUAAUGAUACGGACGGAAACGUUAGGUGA